CUUGAGGUCCCUCCCUGUUCACUUUAUCUCAGAGUCUCUAGCUGUCCGAUUCAGCUGAAGUCCACAGGAGCGAAGCUUGGAGAAAUUAAACAUGGCAACCUCCGGGUUACAGAUCGGCGGAUUCCUUCUAGGACUCAUCGGAGUGGCUGCGGUCAUCGCCGCCACCGCCAUGAACAACUGGAGCACGCAGGACCGCCAGGGCGACGUGGUCACCGCCGUGUACACGUACAAGGGCCUGUGGCAGGACUGCGAGGUGUCUACCUCUGGCUUCACCGAGUGCCGGCCGCUCUACGGCCUCCUGGGAUACUCAGGUCAGUUCCAGGCGGUGAGAGCCAUGAUGAUAGUCGGCAUUAUCUUGGGUUUGGUUGCAAGCGUGAUCUCGUUGUUCUCUCUGAAAUGUUUCAAGGCGGGAAACACUGAGGAUUCGACCAAAGCCAAAAUGACGCUGACGGCAGGAAUCAUGUUCGUUAUUUCAGGAAUCUGUGGCAUCACCGGAGCUUCCAUUUAUGCCAAUCAGAUCGUCGCCAGCUUCAUGAUGACAAACUACAACCCUAAUUAUGGCGGGAUGAACCAGAUGGGAGGAAUGGGAAUGGGAGAAAUGGGAGGAAUGGGAGGAAUGGGAAUGUCUAUGGCUAACAGGUUCACGUUCGGACCGGCUCUCUUCGUGGCCUGGAUCGGAGGAGGCAUGCUGCUCAUAGGAGGAGUUUUAAAGUGUGUGGCCUUCAGAGGCUUGCACGCCGAGUCCACGCCCUAUAAGUCAGUGGCGUACAAAGCAGCGACUCAUUCGAGAUCAGCAGAUGAGGCCGGUGAGCGGGGACAGAAAUACGUAUAAACAGCGGUAUUAUGUACAGGAUUUACAGCUGUUUCUCACUGACUCUGUACCGUUCUAUCAAACACUCAUUUACUCCUUUGUUUGUCUGGAACACACAAUUUAUCAAGAAAUAAACAUAUUCUCUCUCUCUCAUCCUCCUUUUUCCUUUUUUCUCUUCCCUUGUCCAUCUCUUUAUCUGACCUGCUGUCCAUCUCUCUCUCUCUCACACACACACUCUCGCGCUCUCUCACACACACACUCUCUCUCACACACACUCUCUCUCUCUCACACACACACACACACACUCUCUCUCCCUCACUCUCUCUCACACACUCUUGCUCUCUCUCUAUCUUACACACACUCUCUCUCUCUCACUCACACACUCUCUCUCUCACACACACUCUCUCAUUCUCUGUCACUCUCUCACACUCUCUCACACACACACACUCACACACUCUCUCUCUCACACACACACUCUCGCGCUCUCUCACACACACACUCUCUCUCACACACACUCUCUCUCUCACACACACACACACUCUCUCUCCCUCACUCUCUCUCACACACUCUUGCUCUCUCUCUAUCUUACACACACUCUCUCUCUCUCUCACUCACACACUCUCUCUCUCACACACACUCUCUCAUUCUCUGUCACUCUCUCACACUCUCUCACACACACACACUCUCACACUCUCUCUAUCUCACACACAUACACUCUCUCGCACACUCUCUCUCUCUCUCUCUCACACGCACUCUCUCUCAUUCUCUCUCACUCUCUCACACUCUCUCUCUCUCACACACACACUCUUUCUCACACACACACUCUCUCUCUCAUUCUCUCUCACUCUCUCACUUUCUCUCUCACACACACACUCUCUCACUCACUCUCUCUCUCUGCAGUAUAAUAAACUUUGAUGCUUUAAUAAUAAAUGAGUUAUGACGAUAAACUCCUCUCUCCUUCUCUGCUCCUUUCUGCUGAACUUAUUUUCAUAAUCAAUAUUGUUUUAGAUUUUUUGUAAACAAUAAAUGAAACUGGAUCAGAACUGG